GAAAAACUCUAAAACUUAACAAACUUUUCAGAACCAAAAAAAAAAUUCAAAUCCCCAUAUACCAAAUUUUUUCAUCAAUGGCUACCAAUAAUCAUUGCCUUGAAGAAACUAAUCCGGUCAUCGUGGUAAUAAUUCCCUUUCCGAUUCAUAGCCAUAUGAACCAGGUCUUGCAACUCUCUGUCCUCAUAUCAUCCUACAAUAUACCAGUUCACUAUGCUGGUUCUUCCAUUCACAAUUCCCAAAUAAGAACCCGAGCUCAUCAUCUCCACGAGCAACUUUCAAGAAUUCAAUUCCAUGAUUUCCAAAUUCCUCCUUUGUCUCCCGAUUCCUCUAGAUUUAUGUUUAUCCAUGCCAUGGAGCACCUUCGUAAACCAGUAGCACUCCUUCUCCAUGAGCUCUCAAAAAAAGCCAAAAGAAUUAUCGUCAUCCAUGAUAGUUUAGCCUCCUCUGUGGUUCAGGAUUGGACUUGUAUACCAAAUGCUGAACCCUAUAUGUUCCUACCCACCACUACUUUCUGCGUUCUAUCCCAAAUCAUUUCCCAGGAAUCGGGAAAAUAUCUCACGAUUCCAAACGAAUUAGCGCAUGAUGACAAUUUUAACUACGACCCAAUUGAAGUCCCAUAUGUUGAAGGAACUGUUUGUAAAGAAAUUUCAGAUUUCAUGGAUUACCAAGAGCAAUUUGCUCAAAAUUCAGUAGGUAUUCUGAACAACGCGUGUAGAUUUGUAGAUGGUAUUUUCGUUGAUAUGCUGGUUAAAAAACUGAACAAAACGAUUUGGCCAGUUGGGCCUUUACACCAAAUAACAUCCAGAAACAGAAAGUGCUAUAAUUCCAUCAGUGGCAAAGACAGAUGGUUAUUGGAUUGGCUGGACAAACAAGAACCCAACUCUGUUUUGUACAUCUCUUUCGGAACAACAAUCUCCAUGGCGCACCAUGAUGAACAGCUUCAAGAACUUGCUACCGGGUUGGAGCUAAGUGAGACAAAGUUCAUUUGGGUAUUUAGGGAUGCAGACAUCGAAGAUCCCGACUUCAAUGGUGAAAAAGGUGAACUUCCAAAAGGGUUCGAGGAGAGAAUGAGAGCGAAAGGAAUUGGAAUGGUGGUGAGAGAUUGGGCUCCACAGCUUGAGAUCCUGGAGCACAAAUCAACAGGUGGGUUUUUGAGUCACUGCGGUUGGAACUCUUGCUUGGAGAGCAUUAGCUGUGGAGUUCCUAUUGCAGCAUGGCCAAUGCACACAGACCAACCCGCCAAUGCUCUGCUCAUAACUAAGGUACUGAAAGUUGGACUGAAUGUCAAGGAAUGGGAACGAAGACAUGAGCCUGUGAGCUCGUCAACGAUCAAUAAAGCUUUGAGAAGGUUAAUGGGUCCAGAUGAAGGUGCUGAGAUGAGGAAAAGGGCCCAAGACUUGGGUGCCAAAGUUCGAAAUGCUACUGCUGAUGGAGGAGUUUCUUGCUUGGAAUGCGAUUCUUUCAUUGCUCAUAUCACCAGGCAGAUUUGAAAAGACUAUUUUUUAUGAUGCGGAUAUGCGAAAUAUAUUUCUAUAAAAGGAUAAUGUGGUAUUUUUUUGUAUUAUAUAGGAUACACCCAAAUAUAUGUAAUGUAUUGGGUAUUUAUUUUUUUAAUAACACCUAAAUGGUGAAACAAUAACAUGUUAGAUUUGCAUGCACCUCUUAAAAGUUGUUGUAAAGGUUAAUUGGAUUUUCUUUUUAAAAAAUUAAUUGAUAAUUUAUUUUUUUCCCA